GUUGAUUUCCGAUCAGAUGGGAAUGCCCAAGCGUGGACACUUGGCAUGGUACAGUGAUGUGACUGUCUCACGACCGAUCUUGUCUUCGCGCCUAUAAAUACAACCCAACCCAAACGCUCACUCCCUCGCAGUGCGCAGUGCGCUUAACACUACACACAGUGCACCUGCACAUUCUCUACCUAGCUCACCAAGCAGAGCAAGGCCAUGUUGCCGCCUCUCACGUCGAGCACGGCCGUGUCGGCCAUGGCAUCGCUGUGCGCCCUCCCGUUCCCAGUCCUCGCACCGCUCGUCGCCUCCGCGCUCGCCUUCCUGGUCACCGUGCUCCGGCUCCUGCUGCGGAGGCAGCGCCCGGUGUAUCUGCUCAACUACAGCUGCCACCUCCCGGACGUGGAGCGGCAGGUCAACCUGGAGGUGUGCGAGUACUUCGGCCUCCGCUGCCGCCGCUACUCCGACGACAUCGCCGACUUCCUGCGACUCAUCUACAGCAAGUCCGGCCUGGGCCAGGAGACCUUCGCGCCGCCCUUCAUCUUCUCCGGCAAAUUCGAGAAGACGCUGGCGUUCGCGGUGCAGGAGGCCGAGGAGGGCCUCUUCGCCGUCGUGGCGCAGCUCCUCGCUAAGUCCGACGUCAAACCGACCGACAUCAGCGUCCUCGUCGUCGCGUGUUCUAUGUACUCGCCGAUGCCGUCGCUGGCGUCCAUGAUCGUGCGACGGUUCAAGAUGUCCCCCGACGUCAAGUCGUACAGCAUCGCCGGGAUGGGGUGCAGCGCAGGCACGGUGGGCAUCGACACGGCGGCGCGGUCGCUGCGCACGGGACGGAGGCCUGGGUACGCGCUGGUGGUGGUGACGGAGAACACGAGCCUCAACUGGUACUUUGGGGAGAACAAGCACAUGCUGGUGACCAACUGCAUCUUCCGCGUGGGCAGUGCGGCGGCGCUGGUGACCGAUGUCCCCGCGCGCCGCGCCGACUCCAAGUACGAGCUGGUGCGCACGCUGCGGACGCACCACGGCGCCGACGACGCGGCCUACAACGCCGCCGUGCAGAUGGAGGACGAGAAGGGCAACAUGGGCGUCGCGCUGACAAAGGACCUUGUCCGCGUCGCCGGUGCGGCGCUCCGGAAGCACAUCGCCACUCUCGGCCCCUACGUACUUCCCUUCUCCGAGAUGUUGCGGUACGCGCACCGCGUGCUGCGCGCGUACGCGGCGGGGAGCCCGAAAACAGCGGCGGCGGAGGUGCCAGACUUCCAGCGCGCGUUCGAGCACAUGUGCAUCCACUCAGGCGGGAAGGCGGUGAUCGACGCGGUGGCGCGGCUGAUGAGGUUCGGCCCGCACGUCGUCGAGCCGGCGCGCGCCACGCUGCACCGGUUCGGCAACACCUCCAGCAGCCUCGUCUUCUACGAGCUGGCCUACUUCGAGGCCAAGCGCCGCGUCCGCGCGGGGGACCGCCUCUGGAUGCUGGCCUUCGGCACGGGGUUUAAGGCCUGCAGCAACGUGUGGCGCGCGCUCCGCGACGCCGCGCCCGACGCCGACAACCCCUGGAACGGCUGCGUCGACCGCUACCCGAUGCCACCGCCACCACCCUCUAAAACGCACAAAGCAGCUUAGCGACGCAUCCGUCCGUCCAUGGUGUGCCCGCGAUUCGUGCGGACGUGGGAACGAGAAAUAAGAAAGAUAUGCCUGUGUGCGCUCUAGGGGUGAGUCGAUGCUUGGUCGGCUCAGGUUUUUUUUUUUUUUUUUUGACCUUUUGGUCGGCUCAAUUAGUACCUAUGCUAAAUGUAUUGUUUGAAGCAUAUGUGUGUAUGACAAUAUCAUGAGAAACGCGGCUAUGUUUGGAACGUGGAAAUAUAUACAUGUGCGUUUCUUUUUUUUU